AUGGCAGCCCAGGCGACCGAGAAGCUGGAGCAGCUGGAUCUGAACGGCCAGAACGGCGCCCAGGCCGACGCCGCCGCUGCUGGCCAGGCGGUCCCCGGCGAGGCAGAGGACGAUUCUGACGACGACCAAGAAGAUGGAGAAGGCGCACCGGAUGCUGGCGCAGCUGGUGCCGCCAAAAAGAAGAAGAAGCGCAAGUCCAAGAAGAAGAAGAAGGGCGGCGCCAAGGUCCAGAGCUCCCCGCCACGAGUCCCCGUCUCCAACCUUUUCCCCAACAACGUAUACCCCGAGGGCGAGAUUGUCGAGUACAAGAACGACAAUGCUUACCGUACAACCAACGAGGAGAAGCGCUACCUCGAUCGCAUGAACAAUGAUUUCCUUCAGGAGUAUCGCCAGGGUGCUGAAGUCCACCGUCAAGUCCGCCAGUAUGCACAGAAGAACAUUAAGCCCGGCCAGACUCUGACGGAGAUCGCGGAGGGUAUUGAGGACUCUGUUCGUGCCUUGACUGGCCACUCGGGUCUGGAGGAGGGCGACAACCUCAAGGGUGGUAUGGGUUUCCCUUGCGGUCUGAGCAUCAACCACUGUGCGGCACACUAUACUCCCAAUGCCGGCAACAAGAUGGUCUUAAACCAAGGUGAUGUGAUGAAGGUUGAUUUUGGUGCGCACAUCAACGGUCGCAUUGUGGACAGUGCCUUUACCAUGAGCUUCGACCCUGUUUAUGAUCCGCUUCUGGAAGCGGUCAAGGAUGCCACCAACACUGGUAUUCGGGAAGCUGGAAUUGACGUCCGUAUGAGUGAUAUCGGUGCCGCCAUCCAGGAGGCCAUGGAGAGCUACGAAGUCGAGCUUAACGGAACUAUGUACCCCGUCAAGUGCAUCCGUAACCUGAACGGUCACAACAUCGAGCAGCACGUUAUUCACGGUGGUAAGAGCGUGCCUAUUGUCAAGGGCUCCGACCAAACGAAGAUGGAGGAGGGUGAAGUCUUCGCCAUCGAAACCUUCGGAAGUACCGGCAAGGGUUACGUCCGGGAAGAUAUGGAAUGCUCUCACUACGCCCUUGCUGCGGAUGCGCCCAACGUUCCUCUCCGCCUUUCGUCUGCUAAGAACCUCUUGAACGUUAUCCACAAGAACUUCGGCACCCUGCCUUUCUGCCGUCGCUAUCUUGACCGAUUGGGCCAGGAUAAGUACCUCCUCGGGUUGAACAACCUGGUCUCCUCUGGUAUUGUCCAGGAUUACCCUCCCCUUUGCGAUAUCAAGGGCUCUUACACUGCUCAAUAUGAACACACCAUCCUCCUUCGUCCUAACGUAAAGGAAGUGAUUAGUCGCGGCGACGACUACUAG